AUAUUAGGAUAAGAAAAAAAAAAUAAUUUCAUGGAUUUUUUAAAUUUUUAUUAUUUUGUCGCUGCUGUUUAAAUAAAUGACGCCAUUAUCGAAGGACAGGAAUGUGGGCGAAGUUGCGCGAAACACUAAAUGGGGAGUGGCAGGGCCCCCUGUCUCCUUGUUGAAGCGUCCUGGUGGAGCAUCUCAGCCUUGGCCCUUACACCCACAGCAAGUGGAGCGGCUACACAGGUCCCACCUCCCCUCCUCUCAUGCCCCACUCUUCCACACACGGCAUGCAGAGGAAAGUGCCGGGAGGCCUCACUUAGUCACUAUUGUACGGCCAUGUGGUCAAAGUGGACUACGGAAGGUGACUGUGCUGCUGAACAGGAGGGCGGUGGUGUCCUUUGAGCAGCUGCUCCUGGAUAUCUCCGAAGCAUUGGGGUUUCCACGAUGGCACAGGGGAAGAGUGACACGUCUGUUCACAACACAUGCUCGAGAGGUAAAGGGAGUGUGUGAUUUCUUCUGUGGGGAGGUGGCUUUCUUGGCUCUCGGUAAGACCCGCCCUGAGUUGCACAGUGUGCAGGACGCUCUUGAGGAACUUUUCCCAGAAGCCUCCCAUUACCGUGCAGAUGCUCUGCGGGUCUGGGAGAAGAAACUCCGGCCAGCCCCAGAUAAAGCUGCCAAAGCAGACAGCGGAUACAGCGAGGAGACAGAAAACACUGGGAAUUUAGAGAAAGAGACACUGCCAGACACACAUAAUGCCCAAGCAUCUCAACAUCCACACAAACACCAGAAAGGACGCUAUAUUUCUGACCCCCAGAAUUCUAAUAAGAAGAAUUCCUGCAACAAACCUGUUCAGCUUCCCAACAACCUGCAGAAAUUACGUGUUAGGGGAGGACUCAAAGAGAGAAAGCUUUCUAUUAUUGGUCCAUUAAAACAUAAUGAAGUUUUGAAAGACACAAAUAUACCAUCUCCUAUAUUGUGUGAAAGCUGCUUAGUGACAAAAUCAAAACCUCUGGCUCCAGGACUGAUUAGCACUCUGUCAGGAUGGGCUCCUCUUCCUCCUGUGUCAAAGAAACAGAAAGAGGCGAAACAGUCAGAUGAUUGUAAGUCCCCCACACCUCCUCCAGUCAGCAGUGACAAGGAGCAGAGCUCUGUACCAUCACAGCCUUUAGCUCCAGCUCCUUCAGUACACACAGAACCCCCAGUCACAGACACCUACAUCCUCCCAGAUGAUAGGGAUCUCACCUUGUCCGACAUUGAGCGCUGCUAUGAAAUCGGACGUCUGGUUGGAGAUGGGAACUUCGCUGUUGUACGGGAGUGCCGGCGUCGUGACGACGGCCAACCUGUCGCCCUGAAGAUUGUGGAACGCUCCAAGCUGAUUGGUCGGGAGCACAUGAUGCAGAAUGAGCUCAGCCUCCUAGGUAGCCUGAGACACCCCCGUAUAGUGAGGCUGCUGGCCCACCACCAUACUCGUACGCACUCCUACCUGGUGAUGGAGCUAGUGAGCGGAGGAGAUCUGUUCGAGGCCAUCAGUGACAGAGGGAAGUUUUCAGAGGCUGAGGCUGGACUGAUGGUUUUGGAUGUGAGCGAAGCGCUAAGCUACAUCCACUGCAGGAGCAUCGUCCACAGGGACCUAAAACCUGAGAAUUUAUUGAUAGAGAAAGUAACUGCUGGCAUGGAUCGGCUGAAGUUGGCAGACUUUGGCCUGGCAAUGGUAGUAACAGAACCAGUCUUCACCAUUUGUGGAACACCAACAUAUGUGGCUCCAGAGAUCCUCUGUGAGACAGGGUAUGGAUUAGCAGUGGAUGUUUGGGCUCUGGGGGUGAUUCUCUAUAUCCUGCUGUGUGGCUUUGCCCCAUUUCGCAGCCGGGAUCGGGAUCAAGAAGAGCUCUUUAACCUUAUAAAACAAGCAGAGCUUCAAUUCCCUUCGCCCUACUGGGACUCUAUCUCAGAAGAUGCCACAGGUCUUGUCAGAUCUCUGCUCACACCCGAUCCCACAUUAAGGCUGACAGCAGAGCAGACCCUACAGCACCAUUGGGUGAAGACUAUGGCUUCAGCCUGCAGCCAGAGGGCACUCUCUGGCAAAACUAAAGGAAAUCAUGUUGCUUAUAAAAAAGUAAUGCAGGGAGUGGAGAGCCAAACUCCAGAAAACGCUGCAGAAUCACUGACAAACCAAACAGCCGAACACCCUGGCACUGAGACGGAAAUAACCUUCAAGAGACAUAAUGAAUUUACAAAAAGAGGCCAAGAUCAGAACACAAAUCCACUGGUACAAUCUGAAGACAAGAGCUGCAUAGGCAUUGAAGCUUCCAAGAAGAGAGAGCAAACACCUUUAGCUGAUACACGUCGUCAAGAGAAACCAGAAACAGUAUCUGCAGAGCAGCAGAAAGGCAGAGCAGCGACUCCUCCACAACUGAAAACAAGCCUUCAUCCCAGAUUAAACUGCAGUCCAAACAGAACAGAGAACAGUAAACCAACAGAUUCAGCAUCUCUAACCAAACACCAGGAAUGGUAAAUUGCCAACAGCAUCAUACUCCAUCACCAAGACCAGAGGCUAAGUGUUUGGCUAUCCAGCAGCUCUACACCUCACAUUAAACGACACUGAGUCACCACAAACAGAUGACUCUAAAGCACAAUAAGGCCAAUGGUCUAAACAUUCAAGCCCUGUCAUGAGCGGAAUUUCUAUCAGUUUGAUUGUGUGAUUAGAUCAGGACAAUCUUUCUUUGUUACAAACAAUAGCCUUGAUUUUAUUUUCGCAGUUGAAGUUUCGGACGAAUGAAUAAAGUCUGAUUGAUGAGAUCAAUGUUUAGACCAUUUGUUCUCCGUUUAGGAAUUAAUCAUGGGAUGUUGUUUAACGGCUGAGUCUCUGUCCAAACUUGCAAAUUUAGUCCGUAAACAUGAAGCAUGUUAACUUGUGUUGUGAUAACAUUUUCAAGUAUUAUUCUUACAUAUUUUACAUUUAUAGAGACAUAAAAGUGCAACCUAAUAGAUGUUAUUUUAAAAGCGCUUUAUUUUAGGAUUAUUACUUCUAAAUUGAAAACAUAAAUUCUACUAAAGCGUCCUUUACCAAGGGUUUGUUUUUUUAUGUUGUGACAUUAAAGUACUACUGGUUUGACUUUGUCCAAAUGACACUGGUAAUGUUAAACUAAAUGUGUAGUAAGAUAUUGUAAACAACGCUGACUGUUGGAACAGGCUCUGAACACAUUGAGCCACUGGGUUGCAUACCUAGGGGGGGUAUUGCUCUCCUGCCAUUCCACACAGACCAAAUAGGGCAUAUCUCUCUAUCCAAUGAGGACUGGUUAAUCCUGUCCCUCCGACUGCAGACAGCUGACAUUCUGACAUCCUGCCCCACCCAGCCAAAAGCACUUUCACAACCCCCCUCAUACCCAGGCCAGUAGACUUCCGCAGUCUUUGUGGUUUCGGUACCAUAUAUAGACUAUGUAAGGGACAUUGGUAGUGAAUGAUAAAGCUUAUCAAUGCCUAUAGUAUGCCAAGUAUCAGUGCUAUCCUGCUUUUCUAGUUAGAUCUUUUAUGCAUCAUCAAACCAUGCAUGCAGAGAAUUCCUUAAAGUUAGUCAAACCAGUUUAAAAGACUGUUAUAAGCCCUUCAAAUGUGCAAGCCACAAACCGAAACAUUAGAAAUCUGAUUUGGUUGUAUGUUUAGCAGCUUGUUGAAAGCAAUCCCUCUCUAGAAUCAUCACUGUCAUACACUGGCAAUGUUUUUUUUUUUUUUUCUGUCACAUAUGCAGUCAUAAUAAGAAAAAACAGAAUGGAGAUCAGCUUCGUUGGCUAAGAUUGUGUGCACAAACUAGAGAACUGAUGCAUUUAAAACGUGCAGACCUGUAGGAAGAAUUAUAAAAACUUAAGAGGAAGUAUUUAAUAAUUAAACUUUAUUGAUUUUACAUUGGAGAAAUUGACCUCUGCAUUUAAACCAUCCCCUUGGGGAGCAGUGGGCUGCCAUCGUGGGCUGCCGGGGAGCAAUCAGGGGUUAAGGGUCUUACUCAGACACCCAGAGUGGCAGUGGGUUUCAAGCUCACAACCUCAAGAUUCCAAGCUCUAUACCCUAACCACUAGGCUGCCACUCCCCCAUAUGUAGAAUGAAAGAAAUAGUACCGUAUGUAAAUCAUUUUUUUCAUACAUAAAUACAAGUUGUAGUGCUGACAUGAAAAAAGUGUGACCAGUCUGCGUCCAGGAUGUAGGGGGGUCUACAGAGAUGUUAGCUGCUCCUUUGAAAGGGAAACUCAGCCCCUAUAUUCUCUCUAAAGAUUUAUUUGUUUUUUAUAGUUUGGACCAGUUCCUGUUUUCUGAAUGAGUCACAACCACAGUUACUGCCAAAUUGUAGCAAUAAAAGUGCUAAUUUGAGAAAAGAACUGUUUUUAGAAGUUUUUCCCCACUAAUUAAAUAUAACCUGAUUAGUAUUCACUUUAUCUAAAAACAGUGUUUUCUGAAACAUAUACACUUUUGUUUGUAAAGAACUGUAAUAACUGAAUAUGAUGUAUACAUUUUUUAUUAGCGGAUAGUCUGCUGACAUUGAGAGAUUUAGCCUGAAAUGCACAUUAACAAUACAUAUAUACAGAUUUGAAAUUAAAAUAGUUGAAAGUAAGGGGUUUUGUGUACUUGUUUAGAUAAAAACGAAAUAACUAACCUUUUAGAUGCAUUUGA